CAGCUGGCCCAUGAGCAAGCUGGGGAGGGCCCUGAGUGAGUCGGAGGUGCCGGCCUGGGACAGGGACGAAGAUGACAUGUCGGCAGGCGAUCUCGGACACUAAUUCAGAGCUGUCACGUGAAGAGUUAAGGCAGCGUCUCCUUGAAACUUUACAGGAAGUAGAAAUUUUAAAAACUGAACUUGAGGCAUCCCAAAGACAACUCGAAGGUAAAGAGGAAGCAUUGAAGAUCCUUCAGAGCAUGGCAAUACUGGGCAAAGCCACAAGUCAUACCCAGGCAGCACUCCAGAAAACUGUGGAACAAAAGAGAUCCUUGGAGAAGGAAAUAAAUGCCUUGCAGUGGGAAAUAGAAUUUGAUCAUAAUAGACUUAAAAAUAUAGAGGAAUCUUGGACUCAAAAAUACGACAGAUUAAACUAUGAAAAUGCAGUCCUUACAGAAAAUUUGAAGCUGAAAACACAAGAAAUCAAAAUGCUAAAGUCUGAAAAUGCAGCUUUGAACCGGCGGUGUUUGGAAGCCCUGUCCGUGCUGGACGUCACACAGCAGCAGGUGGCCCAGGAGAGCCUGCACACCGCUGGCUCCGCGGAGGUUUCCACGCUGGAGCUAGCAGUCCUCGGAGCCUGCCUUUGUCCCGGUCCUGGAGGGAGGCCCUGUCCUUGUGCCCAAACGGCGGCAUCCAGCCGGAAGUUGGUGCUGCAGCUGAAGCAGGAGUUGGAACUUUUGCGGAAAAGUAAAGAAGAAGCGUAUGUGAUGGCCGAUGCGUUCAGGAUUGCGUUUGAGCAGCAGCUGAUGAGAAGAAGCGACCAGGCCCUGAGAUGGACACAGACGGAUAAAAUGUGGCAGACAGCAGCCAGACGAAUCAGUUGGAAGCACCUUAAAGAGGACGGGUCUCCAUCACUAAGGAGCCAAAAGACCUUAGGACAGAAACUCCUGGACCUGCUGCCUUCAGCAAACAGCUCUCAGAGGACAGGCCAGCAUCACGCGCAGGAAGUCUUCAAGAUGCUGGUAGAUUCGUUGAACGAUAAAGAAGAAGCUUUGGCUCAUCAAAGGAAAGUUAGUUACAUGCUUGCCCGGGCGUUGGAAGGCAAAGAUGCAACCUCCAAAGAGAAGAAAAACUCCCUGAGAGAAACUGUCCCCUGCCAAUGCCCCGGGCAUGAAGCGCCACCGUUGCCCAUUGCGUGUGACCCUGUGCACCCACAUGUCCAAGUGCUUAGUCCUGUGGCUUGCACCUGUGCGACCGCGCCCCCUCCGCCGGCUGCCCGGUGCACACGAACUCUUCCGAGGUCCCACUCUUGGCCAUCGUGCGUCUCGCUUGGAAGAAAAGCCAGCUGAAGGCAGAAGCAAGAGCUGCCUGAGACCAGUGACUUCGACAGUGAUGGUGUAUGCUCUUGGAGUGUCUGCCUUGUAGCACAUGGCUGUUCCUAUGAGACAUUAAGAGGUGGCAGUGUGGCAUAGCGGGUGAAAUUGCUGCCUGUAGUGCUGGCAUCCCAGAGGGGCACCAGCUCACGUCCUGGCUGCUUCACUCUGGAUCUCUGCUAACGCACCCAGGAAAGCUGCGAAGAAUGGCCCGAGAGUUUGGGCCUCUCUCCCUGUGUGGGAGACCCGGGUGACACUCCUGGCUCCUGGCGUCAGCCUGGCCCGGCGCUAGCCUUCCUGGCUGUCUGCUGAGCGACACAGAGGGCUGGAGACCUUCCCCUGUCGCUCCCUCUCUCCCUGUAACGCUGAUUUUCAAAAUCAAUCAGUAAACAUUAGUAUUCCACGUCAUUUAUAGCUUACUCUACUGUAUUUUAGCUUUUCAGUGUGUACCAACAUCUUAAUCAAAAAGUAAU